AUGUGUGCGGAGGACAAGGGGACGACCGGCCCUCUCAUGGGGCUCACGGACACCGCACUUCCCAGCUUCCGAACUUGCCAUACGGAGGGGCAGGAAAAUCCUCUCUUACCCCUGCAGCCCCUAUCACCAACGAGGUCAACAGCAACACAGAGGAGACGGACAUACACCACGCAUCACACAUCCCCACCUAGAAGCACGGAGCCUGCUGCCCAGCAGAACAAUCAGACAAGGAGACCACACUUAUCCCUCCCAGCCUGCAACCGAUCAAUCCGAAAUAUGGAAAACCCAUGCGGACGACGCCAACCUUCUUACUAUGGUGGGUGUCAGCCCACAGAGGGAAAAAAAGGGCAUCACCACCACACCACAGCUGCAAUCCAUGAGCACCCAGAGGGAUAUCCACAGGAUAGACAUGGACAGCUCAUAAAACGGACACUCACUCCCUGCUACCCAUACAAAACAAA